GGACUCCAAGACGUCCCAAAAACGGUCCGUAGCCCAUUUUGGCUCAAGGUUCCAGCGCGUUGCUUGGAGAAUCUAUCCAGUUUAGAGCGAUCCGCGCCCCUUUGACUACAGCUGAGUCUACAUGGCCAAGUCAAAGUUCGUGAUCGCGUUUGUGUUCUUGCUCAUGGUUGGUGUCAGCAGCAGCAGUAUCGGCGGCAAGCCUUUGAUACGCAAGGCGGAACGUACUGCUGAGACACGCGUCGAAGUCGACCCUCACGGCGCGAUGAUGGCCGAGGGAAGGGAGAUGGUGCAUGACGACGAAGAGUCCCUUGUGGAUGCAAGCGUGCAUGAAGACUCGAUGGAAGGCAACGACGAGGAAACAGAAGACGCAUUCGAUGAGGAAGCGUCGGACGAUGGUGACGAUCCAGAAGAUGGUCAACCGGAGGAGCAGGAGCUGGACCAGGAGCCGGACCCAGAGGAGCAGGAGGAGUCCGGGGAGAAUAAGACAGCAGGUAGCAUGCUUGACCAGGCGUCCGCCUCCACCGACAGCUCUGGGCCGGUGAACUGCGUGUGGGGCUCCUGGGGCAGCUGGACGAGCUGCACAUACCCGUGGGGGCACCGCCGCCGCAGCUGGCACCACUACGAGAAGGAUGACCCCUACUGGAACCACUCGUGGCAUUACUAUCAGCUGGCAAAGUGCCAGGGGACAAGGGUCAGGACGCGCACCCAAACCACUGAGGCUUCGAACGGAGGCAAGUGCGACGGCGAGUUUUUAGGCAUGGGCACCUGCACCCAGGCGCGCCGUCGCCGCCUCGGCUGCCCUCAGUAUCGUCGCCGUCGCCGCGAUCUCGACUGAGACUUCGGAGCAGGGGUCCGCUAGCUGCUCUUCUUGGCAUCGCGCAGUGCUGAGUAGACAGACAACGGGGGACCGGGUCCGGGGGCCCAGGGCCGGCGCCCCGACCACAAAUGAUCAGCUUUCGGCGGGCAUUUGGAGGAGUGGGGAGGAAGAUCAUGCUGCUGCAACCCGAUUCGCUCGCAUAUGAGCGCUUAGUGAUUUCCAAGCGGAUCUCUCUCACGCGCGCUUCAAUCCGCUGUUAUUGCGCACAUAGAGGGCGGCCAGGGAGCAGCCCGGAUUGCGACAUUGAUCCGCCGUCGUCAACCACUUAAGCUGCCCCUUCUCACAGGGACCAUCGCUGGCGCCAGCGCUGGUACGCUGUGACUCGGCGGGGCCUGCAUGUCGACCGGCCUCACUCGUUCGGCGGCCGUUUGGAGGGGUUGCGAUACCGUGCUGUCACGGACGAAAUUCUGCAUUGGCGAGGCAUUGCAAGCAACGUUGAGUAUAAGUUCCCGCGUCGGUUUGAAUUUGCAUCUUUUCUUGUUGCUCGUGCGCCAGGUCGCUGUGCGCCACGUUUUGUUCUUGAGAAGGGAGUUGCAUUUGAACGACUCGCCGGUCAGAUUCCGCUUGUGCUGCUCGUGGGGGAAGGGGGAGGAUCAGCGAUUCAGCGAGUAAAUGGAAGAGGGAAAAAGAUCCUGUGCAGCUAUGAGAGGGCGGCUGGGGAGCAGCUUGCACUGCGACGUGGAUCCGCCGUCAUCAAAAAUCAGACCUUCCCCUUCUCACAGAGACUAUCGCCGGCACAAGCGCCCGACCUAGGUGUACGCUGUGACCCGGCGGGGCUAACUGGUUGACUGUGCCCACUCCCUCGGCGGCCGUUUGGGAAGGUUGCGAUGCCAUGCUGUCUCGGACCAUCGUCUGCAUUGGCGAGGCAUUGCGAGCAACGUGCAGCAUAUGCUUCAGCGUCGGCUUGAAUUUGCAUAGUACCUAGCUGCCAGUGCGCGCUGUGAGCCGCGUUCUGCUUUUGAGAAGGGAUCUGUAUUUGAACGAAUCGCUUGUAACAUUUGUCUGGUGCUGUUGCUGGGGGAAGGGAGGAUCAGUGGUUCAGCUGGUUGAUGGAACGAGGGAGUCAGAUCCUGCUGCCACUAGAAUCGCUCGCAUAUGAGCGCCUAGUGACGGGAGCUGUUGUCAAGGUCGAGGUGGAGUUUUGACAGCAAGAGUGUUCUCACUCACUCUCUCUCUCUCUCUCUUUCUCUUUCUCCCCUUCACGCUUCGAUGCCUGUGUAAAAGUGCGCACGAGGACAGCCAGGGAGCACCGUGCAUUACCACAUGGAGCCGCCGUCAUCACA